ACGUUUUAGUCGCGCCGUUUCGAGUAGUUCCUAGAUUUAGUGAGUUGACUUUCGAAGAGAUAAGUGAUUUAUUUUCAAGUGCUCAAACAAUUGGUAAAGUUAUUGAACGAGAAUAUCAUGCCACAUCGCUGACCAUAGCUAUACAGGAUGGACCAGAAGCAGGACAAACGGUACCACAUUGUCAUGUUCAUUUAAUUCCACGGAAAGCUGGUGAUUACGCAAAUAAUGAUGACAUAUAUAAAGAUAUUGACAAAUCAACAAAAAUUGAUAAUGAAGAAAGAGUAUCUAGAAGUUUAGAAGAAAUGGCAAAAGAAGCCGAAUUUUUAAGGCAAUUCUUUAAAAACAGUAAAUGA